AUGGAAAGAAGAGUUCAUGAGCUUGAAGACCGGUAUGUUCGUGUAUAUCGGGAGCUUCUGAAAGCAUUAGACGAACUGUAUUUAUAUAGGCAACGAAUUGUACCCAAGGAUGAAUCUGUGUUGGCUGUAAGGCGCCAAUUACAGUCCUCUAUGACUAUGACUGCGCCUAUGAUUCAAGCUAUGGGAAACGACGGAGAGUUAGAGUUGAGACUAAGGGAACUCAUGCGUGAGAACUAUGAAAUGGAUGAGACUUUUGCAGAACAUCAAAACGAGCACAUACGACUGUUGAACAGGCUCAGUGAAAAGCGCUCCCAAUAUGAAAAGUUAGUAGCAACUGCUCGACCUAUAGCUGCUGAGAUCAGGAAGUUAGCUCCUCGUUCACACCCUGGAAUUGAUGGCGUAGACAAAGACGUUAAGGACGAGAAUGAAGUGUUGAAAGAGCUUAUCGUCGGCAUGAUAAUUCAGAGCGGGUACCAAGGUACCAAUCGACUUAUAAGUGAGUGGUUAGAGUACUUGGGAAACGCUUGA